UGUACACACAAUGAAGGUUGACGUUCGCGACCCGACCACAGCUGCAGUCGAGCAGUUCCUUGCCGACCUCAAGCGCCGGUCGAUUCGUGGCUCGUAUGAGAUUGCGAGGCAGACGCUGCUGCUCGCUCGCACGACCGUCUCGCAGACACGCUGGACCACAGCAGCCGAAAUCAUGCUCAGAUUGCGUGAGAUUGGACAGCGUCUUGCUUUGGCUGCACCAAGUGAAACUACCAUUGGCAAUAUCAUUCGCCGUGUGCUGCACAUCAUCCGCGAGGAAGUCCAUAACGGCGACAAGCCAUUGGCCGACGGCACACCGCAGUUCCCGCCACAAACCAUCAUGCCGCUCGAUGCGCAGCAACCAGCGUCGCCGAGCCCGCUUCGACAAGACUCGCUCGUUGGUUCUGGAGCAGGCACUGGCACGACAACCACUCCCGAGCCUCGUCCAUCGGUUGUGACUGCUACCAAUAUGGCUCUGCUGGGCGAUUUGCUUUCAAGCAACAUGAACGAUGACUACUCAAAAGCCCGAGCAAAUCUCAAGGGCGAUGUCAUCCAAGCCAUCAACGAGCUGUUUGAGGAGCUUGAGGAGAGCGCCAGCAACAUUUCCAAGCAGUCGCUGGAACACAUUCACGUGCACGAAGUCAUCAUGACCAUCGGCAAAUCGAAGACUGUCGAAGACUUUUUGAAGGCGGCUGCACGCAAGCGCAAGUUCCACGUUAUUAUUGCCGAGAGCCAGCCAGGAUACCAGGGACAGGAGCUCGCGGCAAGCCUCGCAAAGGACGGCGUCCAAACAACGUUGAUUACAGACUCGGCCAUUUUCGCCAUGAUGUCUCGCGUGAAUAAGGUCAUUAUCGGCACCCACAGCAUCAUGGCCGAUGGUGGCUUGAUGGCGCUCAACGGGUCCCACGCCCUCGCGCUUGCGGCCAAGCACCAUUCUGUGCCGGUCAUUGUUCUGUCCGCCAUGUUCAAGCUUAGCCCCAAAUUCCUCUGCUCUUACGACCAGAACACGUUCAACAACCUUGUUGCUCCGAGCGAUGUGCUAAAGUUCAAAGAAGGAGAUCUUGUUGGCAAGGUUCAUGUGCACAACCCAGUGUUUGACUAUGUGCCUCCGGAGUUGGUUACUCUUUUCAUUUCCAACAUUGGUGCCAAUGCUCCCUCGUAUGUUUAUCGACUUCUCAGCGAGUGCUAUCACACUGAAGAUUAUGACUUGUGAUGUCGUCGUGUCCGUUAUUUCGUUGUACAACAUCAGCCAGUGACUGGGUUUUUUUUGCAAGUCUUAGUUCAAGAGCACGGAGCGUCGUGGUGUCCCCAUCUUUGUUCAAAUG